GAAACACACUGAAGAAGAAAAGAAUGAGACUCGGAAAUUCACCAACAGGACUGAAAGUACAGUAUUCAACCAACAAGUUACUGUCUACCGACUUUUUAAAGUCGAUGUAGCAACACAAGGAGAGGGAAAGCUCGUCGCAUCUAGUGUAUGCUAGUUCGUAACGUUAUGGAAGUUUGUUAUUCAGCAGUUUAGCAUUGAGUUUCUAGUUAGGCCUGCAUUUCAUUCGUCUCUGAUGUGUCGCUAACCAACCUAGCAUAACUAGCCUGUGCUGUAGCUAGAAAACAUUUAAAACGUGACAGAAAAACUGAAACGAACAAGCAAACUUAAGGCUUUAGCUAACCAGCCUGUCGCGUUAUCCGGUCUGCUUGGGGUUUUAUUUCUGUGGACCAUGAAAUCUUUCAUUUUGUCAACUGGUUGGUUGAGUAAUAUUAGCAUGUUGAAUACGUCGACAACGUUCAUUUGGUCAAUGAGCUAGUUGACCAAAUCGUGUUUAAUUGAAGAGAUUGGGAAGAAACCACAUUUCGAAGUCUGCUUCCUCAGUGUUAACUUGUAUAAGUUUACCGAGUUUGUAAUAUUGCGACAUGACGUGUAUGACAUAGCGACUUAAAGACAAUUUAAUUGGAAAUGAUCACGCAAGCCUUAACGUAUACUGUCUCUAACCUAGUUAAGAACCUAGAUGAAGUUAACUGAAUUGCCUGUCCACCAGUGAGUCUUGCCCUUACUUUCUGUCUUAGUAGCGAACACAUUUUAGCUGUUCAGGCAUCAGUACAUAAUCAGCAGUCAUUUCACCGUCUACGUUGAAACACAGCUAAAUUCAAGUUAGUUUCUUUCCGACUGUUGCUUCCUCAACGCUAAAGUUACAAUGCCACUACUAUUCUUGGAGAGGUUCCCAUGGCCCAGUUUGCAAACCUACAUGGCUCUUAGUACGAUUCUGCUUGCUGGUAGUAUUUUCAGUGCCUAUACUACUGUGACUGAGCCGGGACUCGACACCUCAGAAACGGACGGCUCCCCGCUCAGCUCUGAAGGGAACCCGGAACAGGAGCUUCACAACAUUGGGGAUGGAGUGGUUUCUGAAGUCCUGUGGCACCUGGUUUCUGACAACUUCUAUGUUUGGGUCCUGGUGAAUACAGCAUGCUGCUUCCUUACGUUAAUUGCCAAGAUGAUCCAGUGUAUAGUGUUUGGGCCUCUAAGAGUCAGUGAAAAACAGCACCUGAAGGACAAGUUCUGGAACUUCAUCUUCUACAAGUUCAUCUUCAUCUUCGGCGUGCUGAACGUGCAGACCGUGGACGAAGUGGUCAUGUGGUGCAUGUGGUUCGCUGCUUUGGUCUUCCUCCAUCUCAUGGUUCAGCUCUGCAAGGAUCGCUUUGAAUACCUCUCCUUCUCCCCCACCAUCCCGUUGAGCAGCCACGUGCGUGUGCUGUCGCUGCUCGUGUCCCUGCUGCUGUCCUGCUCCGGCCUGGCUGUGGUCUGCGGCCUGCUCGGGCUCUCACAGGGUCCACACACUCUGGCCUUUAUGGUCGCUGAGUGUCUUCUGGUAACUGUAAGGACAGGACAUGUGAUCAUACGCUACUCCAUCCAUCUGUGGGACCUGAACCACGAGGGAACGUGGGAGGGUAAGGGCACGUUUGUGUACUACACUGACUUCGCCAUGGAGCUGACUCUGCUGUUCGUGGACCUCCUGCACCAUACCCACAUGCUGCUCUUCGGCAACAUCUGGCUGUCGAUGGCCAGCCUGGUGAUCUUCAUGCAGCUCCGCUACCUCUUCCACGAAGUGCAGCGACGCAUUCGACGCCACAAGAACUACCUGCGUGUCAUCAGCAGCAUGGAGGCCAGGUUUGCCGUGGCCUCUGCUGAGGAGCUGGCGGUUAACGGCGAUGACUGCGCGAUCUGCUGGGACUCCAUGCAUUCCGCACGCAAGCUGCCCUGCGGUCAUCUCUUCCACAACUCCUGCCUGCGCUCGUGGCUGGAGCAGGACACCUCCUGUCCCACGUGCCGCAUGUCCCUGAACAUAACCGAGGGCAGCCGGGCGCAGGCGGCCCCCCCCGGAGAGCCUCAGGACAACGCCGCGGGCCCCGCCGGACCGGCGCCGGACCCCCGCCCCCCACGCUUCAGCCUGCACAACCAUUUCUUCCACUUUGACGGUUCCCGCAUUGCCAGCUGGCUUCCCAGUUUUUCAGUGGAAGUCAUGCACACAACAAACAUUCUUGGCAUCACACAGGCUCAUAACUCCCAGCUCAAUGCCAUGGCUCACCAGAUCCUGGAGGUGUUCCCUCAGGUGCCCCAUCACCUGGUGCUGCAGGACCUCCAGCUCACACGCUCCGUGGAGAUGACCACCGACAACAUCCUGGAGGGACGCAUCCCAAUCCCCUUCCCCAGCCAGUCCAGUGAUCAGGCUCCUGUGCAGGGGAGCCCCGCCCUGGAGGGGCCGGUGGAGGCCGGCGGAGAGGGGGAGGCCCCAGCCGGGGAGCCCGAGCCGCUGGAGGUCCGGGGCGGCCGCUUCUCCAAGUCGGCCGACGAGAGGCAGAGAAUGCUGGAGCAGAGGAAGCAGGAGCUCCUGCAGCAGGCGCGCAGGCGGUAUCUGCGCAAAACUCCGGAGGAAGACAAAGAUGGCGGCCUGGCCUCUCCGGAGGACGAUGCGCGCGGGUUCGACACCACCGCCCUGAGGCGGCGCAUGCUGGCGGCUGCGGCAGAGCGUCGCAUGCACAGACCACCGGACCCGCCCCAGUGAUGCGGAACCUGGGGGGGGGGGAGGGGGGCAGGGGCAGCGGAACUCUUCAGGCGCCCCCUGGAGGCUGUCUUCGCACCAGCGCCACUGCCCACCUGGCGUCUCACUCAACCACACCACUUCAGAUCUGAAAGGAAAGCGUGUGGCCAGCCUGACGUCUAGGCAAGCUGCAACACUGUGCGGUGUUAGAUUGCUUUAGUCUGAUCUCUUCACAAGGGCUUGGGCAGCCCUUGGACUUCAAAGCCUUUAAUUAGUCUGACCCCAGGCAAUGCACUUUGUUCAUGGCACUUUUGUGGGUCAAGCUCGUGCAAAUAUGGGAGUUUUCUACCAGAUACUGUUCAUGCUAAAGUCUAUGCAUGAGUUAUGCAUGAGCUUGAGUAGUCACACUGUAAUAAUGGGGGCGUCUUUAAUGUCUUUAUAAAUUGUCCGGGUCUAAGGGGUAUUAGUUGGCUUUGGAGGUGAAUUGGUUCUUCAGUGUUUCAUAGGCCAGAUUCGUGGUCGUGAGUUUAAUUUUAAAUCAGGAGUUCAAACUAAAUUUAAGAGAUGCUGUUUAAGUCUGUCUGAUCAUAGUGUAAGAGAAGAGAACACCAUUGUAGUAUUCAGUGCUCUGUGGAGAAUGAAUGUACUGCAAUCUGCAAUGUAUUGCAAACUGUUUGUUGUCAAAGAAACGGUGCACACAUAUUGCAUUUGUAACAUUUCUCUGUGGGUGAGUGAAUAUAGCUCUAUUUACAUGAAAAUGAAAGGAUUUUUUUUUUUAAUUCACCUGUAGCAUUAGCCGUAGCCAUAGCUCCCAGAGUCUGUUUCUGCAUAGAUGGCACAUGCCCUACCCUGUAGAAGAGGUGCGGGAAUUGUUCGAUGUAAGCUGCAAGCUGGCUUUCUGCAGGAUUUGAGUUUUCCCUACCUGCACUUCCCGCAUACUGGUAGACAUACAACCAAAGGUCUUUUUUUUUUUUUUUAGGUGGUGCAGCAUCUCUGUUCUUAGUGUGCUAACUUAUGGCUUUGCCACCUAAUAAGUUAUACUGGUAAGAUGUGCACCCCUAAGUCCCCUUGUAUUAUACCAUUAUGUUUAGAAAACAUUUGACAAACCUGUUUGUCCCCCCGAAAGACUACUGCAGUUUUGCACAAUAAUAAUAAUACUAUUUACAACUAACUAGUAUUGUAUACAUUAACUCACAAAAAAGAGCUACCAUCGACUUUCUGCUAUAUCUGUUCAGCUUUGACUACGGCAGAAGAAAGAUUAGGCAAUUAUGUUUACAGUAGUUUUUGAGGCAAUAUACAAAUUAUAUAAAUAUGCUCUAGUGAUUUAUUUAUGUCUAAGAAAUAUUGAAUGCUUUGGGAAUGUUAAGUAAUUGAAAUGUUACUGUAAAUCAAAAUCGGUUGUACCUGAUUUACAGUUGGUUACUUGCAGUUGUAAUAUCAGUCCAUGAUUUCACCAAAUUCAUAGAUUAUAUCUUAGAAUGUAGCGUACGGAUACCAUUCUUUAGUUUGUUUUUGUUUGUUGAGAUUAUACGUCCGAGUUAGCUCUUUCGCUUUGUGUGUCUUUUUCUCGGCGUGUUUCCGUUACUUUGUGAUCAAGUGAGGAUGGACAGUACAUCAUGGCACAGGACCCAAAAGCCAGCACGGUCACCUCUCUAAGUGGGCGGUGAUGGUGUUGGAAGUGUGGUGCUGAGGCCCUGGUUGAGUACCAUAGACGGAGCAUCUCACAGGAUGCACUUUAACUUUAAUCCAGCACUGCAUGGGGUCACAUGACUUUCUCCUGCCUAUCGUAAGCUCUGUCAGUGACGCGGUCAGACAUUUUUUUUUUUUUUUUUUUUUGGUGAGCGCAUCACUGUGGCAUCCUUUUGGUUCUUGUGCAGUUGUCACUUUACUGUACAUCUGGCCAGAUUGGAGGAGAUAUAGACCUUGGAGAGGACUCUUUGUAGCUGAUGUAUUUCCAAAGAACUGGAUGUUGCCUCAUUGAAAAAAACCAAGUCUUGCUUGAUUCCUAUAAACUGCAUUUAUUUUAUGUACACAUAUGUGUUUAUGUAUUAAUGUCUGAUUUUUAUAUAUGUUGGCAUAUGUUUGUAUAUGUGUGUGCAGCAUAUACACAAGCAUACGCCCGAUUGUAUGUCUGCGUGUGUGUAUGGGCUUGCAUGUUAUGGAACUUUGAUUGUGUCCUAGACUGUGGGACUGAAAGAUAUCUUACCCUUUCUCCUUCAUGGAACAGCAUGGUUACAGCAAAUUGUCAGCUUGUCCGUUAGACAUGUUGCACCUGAUGAUUUGACUGGUCCCACAUUGCCUCGUCAUACCCAAGCUAAUGAACGUUAUAACAACUGAAUGACCAAUUGGAAGAUUUUUUUGUACACAUAAAUUAUAUGGGCCUAAAUUAUAUAAUAAAGACUAAUGGGUGGA